UAAGAUGUCAACAAUAGAAAAUGAAGAAAACAUGAAAGAUUCUGAAGAAGUGAAAAAAGAAAUAGAAAGUAAUGUUCUGCAACUUUUCGGCAAUGACGGUGAACCUAUGCGUGUUUAUCGAUAUAAAGGACAUAAUGUUUUUUAUACAGAACUGGCAUUGUCAGCAUUAUCCAAACUAAAUACAAUGAAAAUUAGACCUGAUGAUAUAUUACUAUAUAGCUAUCCUGGAGCAGGAUCACAUUGGAUGUUUGAAGUCGUUAAUAUGAUAUUGAAAGAAAAUAGUGAAAGAGUACCCAUGAUAAAAGAAGAGAUGGUAUUAGAUUAUGCCCCAGUAGAAAAUCUCGAUUCAGCUGAAUCACCUCGACUAUUGAAUACACAUCUUUCUAUUGAUUUCUUGCCACCGGAAUUGCUAAAAGAUCAUAAAAUUAUCUAUCUAAACCGCAACCCUAAAGCUAUACUGGUGACCUACUACAGACAUUUGCUUGCUGGUAAAUCUUUUGAAUAUAACGGAAAUUUUUCUAGCUUUUUUGACCUUUUUAUGAAAGGAGAAGUACCUUGGGAUGAUUACUUUAAACAUACCCAAGAAUUUUAUACCCUAAUUAAAGAUAACCCAAAUGCAAUUAUCAUAACAUAUGAAAACAUGAAAGAGGAUCUAUCCAAAGUAGUGUCAAGUGUUGCUAAAUUCUUAGGAAAAAUAAUUCCUGAUCAACUUAAUAUAGAUAUUGUUGAUGAGUGUUCAUUUGAUAAAAUGAAAUCUGAGAAACCAGUGACUGGUUCAUAUAUGAGCAAAGACACAUUCAAGGAUAGUGGUACGCUCUACCAUUCUGGUAAAGUGGACACAUGGAAAAAAUGGUUGACUGUGGAGCAAAGUGAAGGAAUGGAUGCAAGGCUCCAAUCAGAACUCACAGAAAGAGGAAUCAAGUUUAAUUUCUGAAUUACUUCAUUUAUGAUAGAAAUUUGCUUUUCUGGAGCUUAGUUUUAAGAUUUAAUAUAAAAUUUUGUCAUCUACUAACAUACACAGGAAAAGAAUAUUGUCAGUUCAAACGAAUCAAUGACUCAAAAAAUAAUUGUCUUGCAAUAAUGGGUGAAUAAUUUUGAAUAAACAUAUAAGUAUUUAAAUCACCUGAACUUUUGCUGCUUAAUGCUAAAAUCUAAUCUCUUAUUGUUCAAAAUAAUAAUCAAC